ACCAGAUCCCAAACCAAUGUCAAAAAAAAAUCCUCCUCUGCAUUCUUUGGGCUUCUUUUUUCUCCUGCCGUCAGCUUGACAUUCUCACCCUUUUAUUCAAAGUUGAAAUUUAUUCUCCCGUUUUCCCGUUGCACAGUGAAAAAUCUAACGAAAGCUGGUAGCAACAAUUUUUUUUAAAGCCUGCGAUUUUAGUUUACAAAACCAAACUACGCAGUUUCAGUCAGACUGUCUUUUUUUUGUUAUCACUUGUGUUCUCCCAGUUCCGGACACUUCCAAUUUAAAAAAAAACUCAAGGAUAUGUCCUUUAGCCUCGCCUCUGUCUAUAGUGUACUCUGUGACCUGCUGUAGUCCUGCAACAUACCCCUCCACUCCCCUUCCCCAAAGCCCAUUAUUGCUCCACUGCUGCUGUUUUCUGAAUCACUCGUCCCUUUACUCCACAUUAAUGAGGUUUUGUGGCUCAGUAAGCAGGGCCCUAGCCUCUGGGCUGGAUACUCCAGGUUGAAGAUCUACUCCAGGACUCACGAUGAGCUAUGGAAGGAGAAAGUUCAUCUGGAACGGUGCAAGACAUGGAAUAUUUCGUGGUGCCGACUCAAAAGGUACCUUCAUUCCAGGAUUUCAGGAAGAGUGAGAAAGAAGUGAUAGGAGGUCUCUGUAGCCUGGCUAAUAUCCCACUGACCCAGGAGUCACAGAGAGACCAGGAACGGAGGAUACGAAGAGAGAUCGCCAACAGCAACGAACGCCGCAGAAUGCAAAGCAUCAACGCUGGGUUCCAGUCCCUGAAGACACUGAUACCGCACACGGAUGGGGAGAAACUCAGCAAGGCAGCCAUUUUGCAGCAAACAGCAGAAUAUAUCUUUUCACUUGAGCAAGAGAAAACGCGGCUACUUCAACAGAACUCUCAGCUGAAGCGUUUCAUUCAGGAGUAUAGUGGUUCCUCCCCCAAGCGGAGACGAGCAGAGGAUAAAGAUGAAGGGAUUGGCUCCCCAGAUGUUUGGGAGGAUGAGAAGCUGGAGGACCUGAAAAGGGAAAUGAUUGAACUUCGGCAGCAGUUGGACAAGGAGCGUUCAGUCAGGAUGAUGUUGGAGGAACAGGUUCGUUCCCUGGAUGCCCACAUGUACCCUGAGAAACUAAAGGCCAUUGCACAACAAGUACAGCUGCAGCAACAGCAUCAGGAACAAACUAAGAUCCUUCAACAGGAGGAGCAACAGGAACCCGAAUCCCAUCUUAUGACCCAGCUCCUGCCAGCGCACGUCUUCCCAGCAUCAACCCACCAUCCAACUGUCAUAGUGCAGACUCCACCCCCACCAGCUUCGCAUCAAGUUACCGUGGUGACAAUGGGACCAUCCUCAGUCAUUAACAGCCCUUCCACUACAUCGAGACAGAACCUAGAUACCAUUGUGCAGGCAAUCCAGCACAUUGAAGGAACACAAGAGAAACAGGAAGAGGAACAGCGGCGAGUAGUCAUUGUCCAGCCAACCCGUGUAUGGUCAGGCACUGAAUCGGAGAGAGGGGAGAGAGAAGCAACAGAAGCACUGGGGCCGCGCGAUGAGCAGGGGCCCAUGGAGAGGGUUCUCCCGUGACACUACAGCUGCACCAGGCCGGGAUUGAUCCAAACAUCGUUCCCAAUGUUUUUCUCGCAAAAGGAAGAAAAAAUUUUGGUCUCUUUUUGACCUUCCCAAUACUGUAAACAAUCUCAGUCUGGAAUGAGAGGCUAUCAAAAAUCUGGACCAUACCAGAAGGGAUUGUAAAAUCCUUUCUUGCGCUCAUGACUACCUUGGAAUUCAUAGCUGAAGUGUUGCUGAGGGACAUUUUAGCAUUCUUUUAUUUUUUUACGUUUGGGGAGGGGUGGGCGUUUCAAGCACUUACCAAUUUGUUCAGUCCAGUGGGGAUAACUUCUGCCAAGUGUGAACUGUGGGCCCCACUUCUACAAUCACUGCCCCCACCCCCACUUGUACUGAUGUAGAUUAUUUUUAAGCAAUGUCCUUUCAUGUAGUUAGUUUGUUAGUUCCUUCCAUUUCUCCCUGUAUUCAUAAUCCAGUUUUACAUUGAGACAAAGUUUGUGUUCAUUGGAAAAACUUAUAUUUUGUUAAGAAAGCAGGGGGGGGCACCUGCCUUGCAGAGAGAAAUAAAGUUUGUACUUUGUUUUUUUUUAACUA